CUACUGGCGCCACCGGUUAUUAUUAAUAGAGCGACAUUUGCCAACAUUUCAGUUACAUUUCUUCUUAUCUAAUUGUUAUCAAUUACCGUCUGAAGGCACUUUAUGUAAAACAUCUUAAUCAUUUCUUUGCAGAAACCCAAACUAAACCUGCAGAGUCACAUUUUUCCGUCAUCAGCUCAUGGUCUGCUUUCGUUUUCGAUGUUUGUAAACAGAAACCUAUCGGCGCUCAGCUGACCGCCUCCAGGGCCAAGCCUCUAUUUAAACAGCCGCCCUGCCGGAUCACGCAGUCUGCAGCUUCGACAACCGGACGUCAACUUCUGAUUUCACGAUGCCUGGAGUUUCUGUCGGCGCCCUGCUGGAGCUCUGCAUCAGCACCAUCCUCAGCAUUUUUUCGGGCAUCUUUUCCAAAGUUUUCUCCUGGUCCAAAGGAGCCUGCGGGGCCACAAACUCCCUGCUUUCGGACGCGAACAGCCAGUCGGGGCAACGCAAAGACUUGGAUGUGACGACCCCAACCAGCGUCAACUACCACUUUACCCGCAAAUGCAACUAUAAAUGCGGGUUUUGUUUCCACACCGCAAAAACUUCCUUCGUCCUUCCUUUGGAGGAGGCCAAGAAGGGGCUCAAACUUCUAAAAGAAGCUGGGAUGGAAAAGAUCAAUUUCUCCGGAGGGGAGCCGUUUCUGCAUGAGAGGGGAGACUUCCUGGGGAAAAUGGUUCAGUACUGCAAGACGGAGCUGCAGCUGCCCAGCGUCAGCAUCGUCAGCAACGGCAGCAUGAUUAAAGAAAAAUGGUUCCAGAAAUAUGGAGACUUUUUGGACAUCCUGGCAAUCUCCUGUGACAGUUUUGAUGAAGAAACCAACCAGAUGAUCGGCAGAUCUCAGGGCAAGAAGAGUCACAUCGAGAACCUCUUCAAGAUCCGCAGCUGGUGUCAGGAAUACAAAGUGGCGUUCAAGAUCAACUCGGUUAUCAACACCUUCAACGUUCACGAAGACAUGACCGAACAGAUCAACCAGCUCAAUCCGGUCCGCUGGAAGGUGUUCCAGUGUCUGCUGAUCGAUGGAGAGAACGCUGGAGAGGCGGCGCUGAGGGAGGCGGAGACGUUCGUGAUCACCGACCAGCAGUUCCAGGACUACCUGGACCGCCACAGCGCCGUUUCCUGUCUCGUUCCAGAGUCCAACGAGAAGAUGAGAAACUCGUACCUGAUCCUGGAUGAAUAUAUGCGUUUCCUGGACUGUCGGGAGGGAAGGAAGGACCCAUCCAGAUCCAUCCUGGACGUCGGCGUGAAGGACGCCAUCAGCUUCAGCGGCUUCGAUGAGAAAAUGUUUCUGAAGAGAGGCGGGAAAUACGUUUGGAGCAAAGCUGACAUGAAGCUGGAGUGGUGAAACUCUGCGUUUACAAACCGGAAACGUCUUGAGUUUUUGCACUUAUUUCACUUUGCAGCUUGUUGUUUUAGAAGUGUUACAAUGUUCAGGUGGGAUUUUUGUAAAUGUCUUUACAUUAAGAUAAUCUUUGAGUGUGUUUUAAUUUUUUUUGUAUUGUUGAUGUAAAGUUUAAAUUAAAAUAAGUUUUAUUUUUGCUGACUGGAUUUGUUUCAACUUUAACAAUUUCUUAAACUUCUUUAUUUUAACUUUUUCUGUGUAAAUUUUCCCUCUUCUGAACUCAAUUUAAUGCAUGUUCAUAGUUUCCCUUCCUUUAAUUAGUUCCUGCAUUUUCUUAUUAUCAAUAUCAUCAAUAUUAUCAAUAAUUACUUCAUUUAAUAUUUCCUUGUUUGUCUCUUGUGGUUUAAUGUCUGUAUUUCUGUUUUUAACCUCUGUAAAUAACUUUGUGUUAUACCUCAUAUUGAUGGUUCAUUUUUCAGUCAUAUUUUCACCAUGAUAUUCAUUCAUUUAUAAAUGUCACAGUUUCAAACUAAAUAUUUAGUUUGCAAGCUAAAGUUUAGCUCCAAACUAAAUAUGUAGUUAGCAGGUUGAAUAUCUAGUUCCAAACUCUAUUAUGUUAUAAAAUCAUGUGAGUUUUUCACUUUUUUGUAGAAGUAAAAUAAUAAUUUGGGUUCACCAAACAUCAGCACCAAAUGUGAUGUACGUUUAAUAUAUUUUUUUAGAACUGCUAACUAAAUAUCAUGCUAUUACAAAUAUGCUAAAUGUUGAAAAUUGUGACAGUAUAUAUACAUGAAGAUAUUUUUAAUAAAUCUCAAGUAAUUAAAUGA